GCAUGCUUGUGAGCACUACAUUCACUGUGAAUAUGAUACGAUAAAGCUGUGCAUAUUUUUAUGGAUGGAAACCACGAUGGCAUUUUGUAUAAUUUUAGCGGCUUUGAACACUCUCCUUUAUGCGACAUCAGCGGAGAACAACACUGCAAUAAUGACAACAUCGACACCCGAUCCGAUGGCAAACACCACCGAGCCAACACUCAGCACCGAAGAGGCACUGAUUCUCAUUUCAGAAUUGUCAACAGCUCAACUAUUUCCAGGCACGAGUUCAAUGACACCCGAUCCAGAUAUUAAGCCCACCGGCAAUAAUCCCACAACCAUGGCUGAACCGGGGUCUACGUUCCCUAGCACCGAUAACCAGACUGUUAAUCCCACUUCUGACACCAUUUUUAGAACUGUCGCUGAUGGGUCACUACCGGUCUCUCCCGGAGGGGCGAACGGGUCUCGGGUACCCAUCUACCUCAGUGCCUACUUCACGUUCGGAGGUGGAUGGGAUGGAAGUGGCAUCCUGCCGGCAUGUCAGAUGGCCCUGGAGCACAUCAAUGAACGUGAAGAUAUUUUAACUGACUAUGAUUUGAAAAUGGUUUGGAGUGACACACAGUGCCAAGCUGGUCUCGGUACGCGUGUAUUUUUCCAGCAACUCUACAGCGAGCCACAGAAGAUCAUGAUUCUUGGUCCGGCAUGCUCCACAGCCACGCAAGCCGUAGCAGAGACCGCCUAUUAUUGGAACCUUGUUACGAUGUCUUACGGAGCAGCCUCGUCAGCGCUUUCAGACCGCGAGAAGUUCCCAUUCUUCUACCGCACGUACAUGCCGGAUGCAGCGUAUAAUCCCGCGAGAAUACGUCUGUUGAGAGAGUUUGGAUGGACAAGAGUGGCGACCAUUCACGAGACCCAUGAACUGUUUUCACUGGCCAUCGACGACUUACUGAAUUUGCUUAAAGCGGCAAACAUUACAACGAUAUCAUCUGAAAUCUUCUCAGAGGAUCCUAAAAACCAGAUACGGAAUCUUAAGAGCCAAGACGCUAAGAUUAUCAUCAGUAACAUGUACGAGGACAAGGCAAGACGAGUGUUCUGUGAGGCCUACAAGCAGAAGCUAACGGGACCUGACUACGUUUGGAUAAUUAUCGGCUGGUACAAGACAAAAUGGUGGCAAGAAGAAGACCCCAAAGUCAGCUGCACAUUGGAUGAAAUGCAACGUGCCGUAGCGGGCGCUCAGUACUUCGCAACAGAGAGUCUGCAGCUGAGUACGUCACCGGAACCUACCAUUGCAGGCAUAUCGCCUGGCGAGUAUGAAGAUCUGCUUCGAGAGCGUAUGAAACUACCAGAGAACCAAGCCUACGUAUGGAAUAGUCUGGCUCCUUACGGCUACGAUGCCACGUGGGCCAUCGCUCUGGCACUGGACAAAGCCGUCGGUAUCUUAAAGACAAAAAGGUUUUCUGACGGACGCAUUAAGAGUCUUGAAGAUUUCACGUACGAUGACCGAGAGAUGGCAGACUUGUUCUUCACACUGCUCAACGAGACGGAGUUUCCAGGGGUCUCCGGGCCCGUGGGCUUCAGGGGCAGCGAUCGAGUUGGAAUUACACAAAUUGAACAGUUACAAGGUACGUGCGAGGCUGGAUGGCACAAUUAUCGCUCGUCGUGUUUUCGAUUCGUGUCUGAACCCUUGGUCCAAUUUGAAGAAGCCAAAUCAACCUGUGCUUCCUCGUACCCAGGGGCCUCUCUAGCCAACAUUGAAGGCGAUAAUGAGCUACAGUUUCUCCUUGAAACGUGGAUGAACAAUUCGGGUAACAUUCCGGACCAAUGGUGGAUACAUCCCAGAGAGGACUCGAACUCAUCCGAAAUGGCUGACAGUGGUAGGCCCAUCCAAUGCACCUACGUGGACUUUGUCAAAGACGGUGUCUGGCAGACCGCAGACUGCAACAAGCGUUUACCGUUUAUUUGUCGUACCACCGCAGAGUUUGUUGAACAACAAAUUGCUCUUUACAAUGCUCUGGAUGACUCACUGGAAUGGCGGAAGGAUAUUGUCUGGCCAGGAGAUGGUCCUCCUCUAGACAGAACCCCAGAGAUAAGGCAGAUCGUCGUGAGGGAGUACCAUGGUCUGGCACCUAUUCUGUACUUCAGUAUAUGUGGGGUGACCACUUGCUGCGUUAUUCUGUCGCUCUUCUUCUUAAGUUUCAACAUAAAAUACCGCCAACAAAGACACGUUAAGAUGUCAAGCCCCAACCUCAACAACCUCAUCAUCUUAGGCGGUAUACUUGUAUACCUGUUCGUGGCCGUCUCAGGACUGGACACCAACCUCGUAUCCGAAGACACAUUCGGCGUCUUAUGUUACAUGAAAACCUGGAUUCUCUCUGUGGGGUUUGUGCUCGCGUUCGGCGCUUUGUUUAGUAAGACGUGGCGGGUUCAUCGCGUAGCAGCCUUCAAGACGCCGAAAAGAAGGAUUGUGACAGACGGCCAGCUUUUCAUCAUGGUCUUUGUUCUCUUGCUCGUUGACGUUGUCAUUCUGUUACUAUGGCAACUAAUAGAUCCACUUAAGAUGGCAACUUUGGAUCUAUUUCCUCGGCGGGUAGAUCCAGACUCUGAGAACACAUUCAUACAGCCGUAUAUCCGCUAUUGUACGUGCGAUACGUUAACCAUAUGGCUUGGAGCUUUGUACGGCUACAAGGGCCUGCUGCUGAUUUUCGGCACAUUCCUAGCAUGGGAAACAAGACAGGUGUCAAUUCCCGGUUUGAACGACAGCAAGCUGAUCGGCAUCAGCGUCUAUAAUGUAGUCAUCUUGUGUCUGAUUGGCGUAGCUGUCAGUGUCGUCAUCAACAACGACCCGGAAGCACUUUUCCUGUUCGUGUCGUGCAUCAUCCUAUUCUGCACAAGUAUCACACUGACAGUUGUGUUUGUCCCGAAGAUUAUUGCAGUGGUGAAGUAUCCGGAAGGUGACCCAAACCAGCCCAAGACCAGGAGUCGAACUAAUAACAUUAGUGAGACAUCAAGUGGAGGUGGUGGAAACCUAUUGAAGGAGAACAAAGAACUUAAACAUACCAUCAAGGAUCUUGAGGAUGAAAUCAACGCAAUCAAAAAGCAGUCCACAUCUUCGCCACCAGGGAACGGUAAAGGGUGUGGUUUCUGGUCGUGUGGAUUGGUAUGUGGCUGCAACCCAUCCAGGGAGAAAGGCUACAUCCACGAGACGAGCUCUGAUCACCACCAGGACUCAACCAUCAGUCCCGCCGACACAACAGGGCCAUCGACCCAAGCCACGGCGAGUGUGUAAGAGCAAACAAGAGGACAAAAACGUAACCAAAAACCAAAACCAAUUCUAUUUUUGCACAGAUGGAACUAAAUGCCUUAACAAUUAUAUUUAAAAGAGAUUUAAUAGAGGGUUUUUCAACAAAAGGAAAACAAAAGUGCCGUUUAAUGGCGCUGACCGUUAGUGCAGAGCCGUAUAUUGUGAGUUACUACAGCUUGCGAUUUAAAGCCAUUUUGUGCCCCCCCC